AAGAGGACGGUGGAAAAGCAAGAAAUGAGGCGACAAGUUCAACAAUUUACGAACUUCAGCACCAGAAGUGCCACCGAUUCUUCAUCGAGCUCGUUGAAAGCAAAGAAAUGGGAUGCGUUGGUGAUUGGGGGCGGCCACAACGGCCUCACUGCUGCGGCCUACCUCGCUAAAUCCGGCCUCUCCGUCGCCGUUCUCGAGCGCCGUCACCUUAUCGGCGGAGCAGCUGUCACUGAAGAACUCAUUCCCGGCUUUAAGUUCUCUCGCUGCAGCUACCUCCAAAGCCUCCUCCGUCCUUCCGUCAUAAAGGAGUUGGAGUUGAAGAGGCAUGGAUUGAAGCUACUGAAGAGGAAUCCGUCGUCGUUUACCCCUUGUCUAGACGGGCGUUAUCUCUUGCUCGGCCCUGAUAAGGAGCUAAACCAUGCUGAAAUUUCGAAGUUCUCCAAGAAGGAUGCUGAGGCUUACCCCAGGUUUGAGCAUCAGCUGGAGAACUUCUCUAAGUUCAUGGACCCACUUAUUGAUUCCUCCCCACCUGAAACUCUUCAACGUGCAUCAUCUAUCAAAACUCAUAUGAAGGAUAGGUUAGACAAAUCUGCGUUUUGGGCUCAUUGCAUGCGAAGAGCUGUUUCCAUGGGCCAAAGAGAGAUGGUGGAUUUUAUGGAUCUUUUGCUCUCUCCAGCCUCAAAGGUUCUAAAUAACUGGUUUGAGACUGAAGUCCUGAAGGCAACACUUGCAACAGAUGCAGUAAUAGGAACCACGGCAAGUGUCCAUACACCAGGAACUGGCUAUGUUUUGCUUCAUCACAUCAUGGGAGAAACUGAUGGUGAUCGUGGAAUUUGGUCAUAUGUUGAAGGUGGAAUGGGUUCCGUGUCUUUGGCUGUUGGUAGUGCAGCACAGGAGGCGGGUGCUACAAUAAUGACUAAAGCUGCGGUCUCAAAAUUGCUAGUUGGUGAUUCAGGAAGAGUAAACGGGGUGUUGCUUCCUGAUGGAACUCAAGUGCAGUCUUCUGUUGUUUUGUCAAAUGCUACUCCAUAUAAAACUUUUAUGGAAUUAGUGCCAGAACAUGUGCUUCCUGAUGACUUUCUUCAGGCAAUCAAGUGUUCUGAUUACAGCUCUGCGACUACAAAAAUUAACUUGGCUGUUGAGCGAGUGCCACAAUUUCAGUGCUGCAAGAUUAAUCAUCCUAAUGCUGGUCCUCAGCAUAUGGGUACCAUCCAUAUUGGUUCAGAGAGCAUGGAAGAGGUUGAUUCAGCCUGUCAAGAAGCUGUAAAUGGUUUUCCCUCUAAAAGACCUAUCAUUGAGAUGACAAUCCCUUCUGUCUUGGACAAGACUCUCUCUCCCCAUGGUAAGCAUGUCAUCAACUUAUUUAUUCAGUACACACCUUAUAAACCUUUGGAUGGCAGUUGGGAAGACCCUGCAUAUAGGGAAUCAUUUGCACAAAGAUGCUUCUCCUUAAUUGAUGAAUAUGCCCCUGGCUUUAGUUCGUCAAUUCUUGGAUAUGACAUGUUGACCCCACCAGAUCUUGAGAGAGAAAUUGGUUUGACAGGAGGAAAUAUUUUUCAUGGUGCCAUGGGGUUGGAUUCUUUGUUCCUUAUGCGACCUGUUAAAGGAUGGUCGAAUUACAGGACUCCAGUACAAGGCCUAUACUUAUGUGGAAGUGGAGCUCAUCCGGGCGGAGGCGUGAUGGGUGCUUCUGGUCGUAAUGCUGCAGGCGCAGUCAUUCAAGACUGGAAGCAGAUGGCUUGAUUGAUCUCCUAAAUUCAUUUCAAGGCGUCACAGAUGGAAGCAUCCAUCAUUUUUUGGCCUAGGAAGCUUAUUUUUCACUUGUAGAUUAGCCGGUGAACAGUGGCUACUUUACCUUUCCUUGUUUCCUCUCGUAAUAGGACAAAACCUUUUCGACACCCUGAAAUCUGAAAAGUUCCAUCUCGGCCAAAUUAAGGGCGAGUGGCUUAAUUUUUUCCCUUGUGCAAAUUGCAGACAAUUGCUUUCUGAAAAAUAUAGCAUGCAAAUGUGCUUUUGCAGA